AUUCUAGAAUAAACAGCUAAAUGUGAAUCAGAGGAUUGUCGAUUUCACUGCUAAAAGUUUCAUUAGAUCUGCAAAUUCCGCCCAAUUUCUCCAUUCGUCGCUUUCACGCCGCCUGAUUUGCUGUUAUUAAAUCCAGUUAUCAUGAGUUACAGGAGAAAAGAGUGAAUCUUUGUUAAUGGACUGUUCCUGAUCUCGAAAUCAUUAAACCAUGCAUGAUUGUUUAGCACCGACUGUAGUUCAGCUACCGUCGCUAUCUAUUGCUAAUAAUAGGAUCAUAGAGGCUCGAGGUCUGCACUUUUUGAUAACAUGGACACCCUUGAAGCGGGUGGACUCAGGACAUCUUCAUCAUAUUCAAGUGGCAUGGAUGAUCAUGACAAUGAGAAAACUAUGGAUAGUUUGCACGAUAGAGUCAGCUUUCUGAAACGAUUGACGGGGGACAUACAUGAGGAGGUGGAGACUCACAAUCGUAUGCUAGACAGAAUGGGUAAUGAGAUGGAUGCAUCAAGAGGAAUUAUGUCGGGAACAAUGGAUCGUUUCAAAAUGGUGUUUGAAAAGAAAUCAAAUAAAAGAAUAUGCAAACUUGCAGGAUAUUUCGUGAUUUCUUUCUUUGCGCUGUAUUAUGGGAUUAGGAUUCUCUUGUAUUACCUGUAUGGUUAACGUAGGAUUGCAAUGUCAUACACAUGUCCUUAAGUGUUCAUUUCGUGAUGAAACUCCAACUGGGGAAUCCAGGUCAGGCAAUCUCUGUUUACAUAAUUGCUGAAGCUACGAAGUCAUGACUAAGAACAGGUAUUGGCGAUUCUGAUCUCGUAUAUGUUCUUUUUCUGUGGUGUAACAAUGCCAAACUCCAUCCAUUUAACUGCAUAUUACCAUACAAUUUUAGAACAUAGCUUUUUUUGGUACAUCAGCAUCAUAGCUACCUUUCAGUCACUGGCUCUUGUAAAUAGAUUCUUUUCGCACUCUUCUUAUUCUCCAUUAUUAUAUACUAAUACACAGUUAUUUGUGUAAAUCACAAACUCAUCCUUAUAAAGAUGAGAAAUAUUAUUGAGCUACAAAGUUUGUCGUUGGCCCA